GUUACUGUUACACCUUGCGGCACCUAACAUCGUCUUCUUCACGAGUUGAUGGGAUAGCCGCCUCUUCUUCGCAGAGCAACUGGAGAUACGCAGCAGCUGCAAGCGCAAAGCUUAAGCUUCGGCUCCAAUGGCAGCCUUCGACCAUAUCAAGGACAUGUACGAUGUUGCUCUAAAGCCUCGUCUGUUGCACACGCUCAUUAGAGACCAUGUCCCCGACAAUAAGCACCCUUUCGGGAGCCCAUUGGAUCUGUCGAAGGUAGUGUACACAAUCAAAACUCACAACCUCCUUCUCGAGUCUGUACAAGAUCCGACUUUUCAAAAGCUAAUCAAUAAUUGGAGAUCCACCAUUGAUUCCUGUGUCAACCACUUGAUGGAGCUCAUUGUCAAUGACAUUCCAGAUAAAUGUUGGGCGGGAAUUUGUUUGCUGGGGGUGACUUGUCAGGAAUGCAGCUACGAGCGUUUCUUAGAAUCAUACUCUGGUUGGUUCCAGAAGCAUCUACCACAUAUUCAGCCUACGGAAAUUUCUCAAUUUGUGAAGGUGGCCUCUUGUGCUUCAAUGUCAGAUCUCAUCUCAAGGUUCGGUGGAUCUGCUAAUGUGAAAAGGGAUGGAGCUGCCCAUGCUGGGAAGCUCAUUCAGCAAGGCAUUCAACCAGUUUUAUAAUUAUUAGAUGAUGAUCAUUCAGAGGUUGUUUGGGUAAGUUGCUUAAUCUUUUCUUUAAAUAAUAUAUGACUAAUUCACUCUUUUAUUUAGCGGCUAAAGAAUUGCACUUUUUCUUUUCUUUCUGUGGACAAAUUUUUAAUGAAUUUGCGUUUGAUUA